AUGGCGCCUUUUAGGUUAGACAGCAUACUGCUCGUAUAUCCUCGAUCACAGUCAACGCUAGUCCAAUUUGGGUUGCAAGAUGAAGUAUUUACUGCACCUGAAUUGGAGCUUCGCACGCGGGUUUACAAAAGUGUUGAUCCUCAAGGAAAAGCUAAGUAUCACUCCAGUGCCGGUGAUAAUAGGGAAGAGGUGCUUUUCAUAGAAAAUGGCUCAAUCACAAAUCUAGAAGCUUUUUUGGAAUUUCUGAAACUCAUAUACAUGUCAAUUUUAUCGGAUGCCUCGAGAAAAAGACCUGCUGCCUUUGAAACGGUCCUAUCAAAUAUUCCUAUGCUUUUAGUGACCCACCAUACGUGGUCACAAUUUCAAAUGGAAAAAAUUACACAAUUCCUUUUCGAAGCUUUACAGCUGAACAAUGUUAUGCUAUUACCGGUUUCGCUGGCGUCUACAUACGCAAUGGGAUCAUUACAAAACUGCUGUGUGAUCGAUGUUGGUACAAAUCACACUGACAUUAUUCCCAUUAUUGACUACACUCCAUUAGACCCGCUUACAUCCUCAAUUCCUUUUGGGGGACAGUUAAUAAAUGAGACGCUAUCCAAACUUUUGCCAGAUUUCACUCCGAAUCAAAUAGAGUGCCUAAAAAGAUCGCCAAUAUACGAAGUACUAAGUGACGAUGCAAAAAAAUUAUCUGCUUUUGACUUCCAAGAUAAUGCUGAAGCUGAUGACGGAACUUUGGAUGUUGCAGCAAUAGUCACCAGUGGUCGUGAUACUCGUGAAAUUUUAGAGGAAAGGGAGCGCAAAAAGAAGGAACAGAAUGCCUCAAAUUCUCAACUAGAAUCUAACUCUUUUAUAGAUAAUGAUGGUAACAAAUUAGAUGUCGGUAAGCAAAGAUUUCAAGGUUGCGAAAGAUUAAUCGAAAAGAUCUCAAUUAGAGUGGGAAGAGCUUUAGAACAAGUGGAUGAUGUGAUUAAACUAAGAUCGGCGUACGAGAAUAUAAUUAUUGUAGGCGGAGCCACAUCUAUACAGGGAUUUAAAGAGGCAUUGCUGGGUAGAUUGAUUAAUGAUCAAAUAAUUAUUGAACCAGAUUCAGAGAGACAAGCCAGAGAACAAAGUGCUUUAGGCACUUCUAAUUCCAAAAAGAAAAAUAAAUUUAUGGGGAGCACUUUCAUUCCAAGUAUUGAAUACGUCCAGGCACCAAAUGUUAUCAAAAUUGCAAAAUAUCCUGAGUAUUUUCCUGAAUGGAAGAAACACGGUUAUGCGGAUAUCGCAUUUUUAGGAUCUCAAAUAGUUUCGAAACAAAUCUUCACACAUUCGAAAGAUACUUUCUACAUUACCAGAGAAAAGUAUGAUGAAAAAGGACCCGCAUGUAUUUGGGAUACAAUGUUCUGA